AAUUCAUUUGUAUUUCAUCUGUAAUUCUAUCUUUUAAAGUUUUGAAGAUUCUAAAACUGUAACAUAAAACAAGCAACCAUUUUGCCAUCAUUUUGUUUUUUAGUUGGACUCGGUUGAAUCAAAUCCGUAAAAAGCAGGUAACCUUGGUAUGUUUGGUAAUAACAUUAAUUGUGAAGAAACCAGUAUUACGAGAGCUACUGUCUAAAUUUUAAGAAAUUUAGAGUGGAAAAUGUCAGUUAUAGAGGGUAUUGGCGAUGAGGUCGUACAGUUUUUCUCUGUAGUUUUGGUAGUAGUGCUUGCAGUAGCAGCAUGGUGGUCUACUAGUAUAAGAGAGAGCCACCACAACAUCAGAACAGUGCUUAUAUUAGAGCGCCGGUCACGAAACAGAACAGGUGGAGAAUCAAUUCAACCACCAGCAGCAGUCCCAGACACUGACAAUGCCAUUGACACAGGCCAACAAGAUGCCUCUGAUGGUGUUGAGACUGAAAUAUUGACUGACGAUUCUCAAGAAAAAGAUGACAGUGAGUCAUCAACUACUUGCGUGAGUGAAGGAACAGAUGCAAAUCCAAGUCCAGAAGCUACACAACUUUCUCCAGAAGAAGGAUCAGCAGCCACAGAACCACAGUGUGAUUCAUCUUCUAGUGAACAGAAUCUGAGGAAGAGGAUAGGGCCAUUUUUAAAAGCACAGGCAGCUACUUUACUGUCGGAGCCAACAAGGAACAGUGUGGAGGAACAGACCGUGAGAGAAGGGGACCAGAUCAGGAUCAGGCUGAAGUACUUGAAUGAGGAUCAGAAACUAGUAGAGGGUAGACUACAAGAACAGCUUGGAGAGUUCAAAAGACGACAUUUUAGUAUUGAACUAUCAGCGGAUAAACUGGUCCGGUUGAUCUUCAAUGGCCAAGUUCUGGGAAGUGAUCAGCAGACCUUGCAGGCGUGUGGAUUGUAUGAUAACUGUGUUGUUCAUUGUCUGGUGCACAGCCAGAGAGUUCCCACCAGACCCCCCACUGCCCCCAACACUCCUGUCAGUCCAGUCCAACCCCCCGACUGGAACCUUAGCACCCUACUUUACACCUGCCUUUCUCUGGUCCUAUGCCUCGUCUGGUACUGCCGUUACCAAUACGCUCAGCUCUUCACACUUACCACAACUGCUGCUCUAAUAGGCCUCACAGGAAUAUUUACUGUGUCGGUAUUCAGCCUUUACCUUCCAGAUCAGGACGGAAUACCUCAUUAAAAUAAGGAAUCACUGUGAAUAUAUUUAAUUUAGGCAAUAAAUUUAGUUUGAGCAAAACUGACUAUCAGUUUCUUGUCCAAAGACAUUUCCUUUUAAAGUGAUAAAUUAUGUGGUUGAUUUUGUAAUCCGUGUGAUAGGGGUGAACCUCGAUAUUUCUAUUUUUAGAUUAAAUUAUAUUUAUUUUCUUAAUAUGUAGAUUAGAUUCAGUUACAUAAUGCUUUACAUCAAAUUUUAAGUUCUGUUAUUUUUUUAGUUUAAAAAAUUGUUGAAUGGUUUAUUACUUUGUAGGAAAAUAUUUAUUACUUAUUUGUUUGGAUUGUACAAAUAUAUUUUUGUAAAUAAAAAAUAUGAGCUUUAAGCCUUUAUAACACUGUUAUUGAAUUUUAUGUCAAAAUAUUCUGUCCCAAUAGUGAGAGUUCUAUUGUUUAUUUUAUUUUGGUUGUUUGAGGACAAAUUAUUUUAAGAUUAUAAGUAUAUUAAGUCAUUGUUGCAAGAUCCAUACAAAAUUUUAAAUUCAUUUCAAAUAAACACAGAUAAUAUUACAUAUGUUCUUUAAAAUGAAAAGUUUUGAAUGAUUUUAUUUUUAUAACCCUAAAAAUAAUGAGGUAUAGAUUUUUAAGGUAGAUUUUUUUUAUUACUUACUACUCAACUUAUAUUACAUUUGAAUUCUUAAUAUCAGCUGAUACUUUUUAAUUUAGGAAUAAAUAGUUUGUGCAACAUUUUCAAAUAUUGCUUAUUUGCUAUACACUACUUAAUCUAUGUAUGAAACACUGUCCAAUAAAAUAUCUUAAGUUAUUCAAA